CAACUUAAGUGAUUGUUGGCUCUAAGCUACUUUAAUAGUAUUUUUAAAAAAAACAUGUAAUUGUGCGUUGUAAUAUAUAUAUAAAAAAUUAUUGGGAUAACCUUUGGUUGAUUUCAUUGUUCUCAAAAAUGAUAUUUUAUGAUACCCAACAGAAAACCAUGUAUCAUUUAUACUUGAUUGCUUCUUCAUUGUGCAUUUAUUGGACGCAUGAAGUUAGCAGUAGUUUGCUAGGUUCCAUUGACGUUAUCGAUAUUUUUCAAUUAUCAAACCACAGCUACUUUGCCCAAACACAAGGGUUUUGUUCACCAAGGCUCAUUGAUGGAAAUUUAUACGAAGACACAUCUUUUGUUACUUUAAAACCAUUUAGCGCCUCAAAGGUUAUAAAUGGACAUUUCAAUACUAAUCAAAUUUCUAUAGUUGCCACUCUUAAACUUGUAGAUUCUCUUAUUAAUGAGUUUUAUCUUCUUCAGUUUACUUAUUCUGACAAAUGGAUAGGCAUUAGAAUUGGAACAACUAUAUUUGUUGACUUUUAUUUAAAAAAAAUUUAUUCUUACAAGUUUGAUUAUGAGUUAAAAGAUAAUAGUUGGCACAGACUUACUUUUUCUGUAGAGAACACUACAUUAGAGUUUUUUGCAGAUUGUGAAUUUAUAGGAAGAUUAAACAUUGAUGUUGAAUUUUUUGUGAAAUCUAGUGAACAAAUAACAUUAAAUAUUGGUAACUCAGAAAAUGAAAAAUAUGAUUUUCAGGGAUUUCUUCAAGAUUUGAGAGUUUUUCCUGACAAGAGACCUGCACCAAGCUACUGUUCUGUAAUAAUGCCAAACUGUGAUGUUAAGCAAUUCAUAGCAAAUAAAUUAACUCAGAUAAAUGUUCCCCAUGAAUUAUCUGGAUCGGGAGAACGAGUAGAGAAACGAGCUAUUGAUUCAGUUGGCUUGAAAGGUAUCAUAAGUGAAAGGGGAUUUCAUGAAACAGCUGAAAUAGAAAGAUCUCAAUGGGACUUUUCUCCUAAGUUCAGUGUUAAAGGCGAACAGGGAGUCAAUGGUUUGAUAGGACCAUCUGGUGAGCCAGGACCAGAAGGAGAAAAGGGUGAUAAUGGAGAUAUAGGAUUGCCAGGACCCCCUGGAGAAAAGGGUGCAACUGGAGAGCCAGGCAUUCAAGGUCCACCUGGUCCAAGGGGUUUGCAGGGAUUUACUGGUCAACCUGGUCCUCAAGGAAAACGUGGUCCAGUGGGACCAAUUGGUGAACGAGGUCUACCAGGAGGAAUUGGUAUCCCCGGAGCAAGGGGAUUUAUUGGUCAACCUGGAAAUCCAGGUUCACCGGGAGAUAAGGGUGACAUUGGUGAUAUUGGAUUUCCUGGUGAAAACGGAAUAAAAGGAGAAAAAGGUGAUAUUGGAGCUAAUGGAGUUCAAGGAGAUCCAGGAGCAAUGGGAGAACAAGGUGAAAAGGGAAAUCAAGGAAAACCCGGAAUGGAUGGUAGAGAGGGACAAAAAGGUGAAGAAGGACAGCCAGGAGAGAAGGGAAUAAAGGGAUCUAUUGGUUUUCAAGGAAUACCAGGAGAGAUUGGUGUGCCAGGAGAUGAUGGACCACCUGGACCAAUGGGACCAGUAGGAUUAUCUGGACCAAAAGGAGACGUUGGAUCAACUGGUGAUCCUGGUCUUCCAGGACCUCCUGGAGCAACUGGAGUUAAGGGAGAGACUGGGGAAAAAGGUCUUAAAGGCGAACCUGGAUUAGUUGGAAAGCAGGGAAAACCUGGUGAUCAUGGCUUACCUGGCUCACCUGGUAAACCUGGAGUUAAGGGUGAUCAAGGUUAUGGUAAAAAAGGAGAACUUGGUGCGAAGGGAGAUAAAGGUAACCAAGGAACAAAAGGUGAAACUGGGAAACAAGGUGUACCUGGUUUGAAAGGAGAUGAUGGACCCAUUGGACCAGAAGGACCAAUUGGACCUAAAGGAGCACCUGGAAAACCUGGGCUGUCUGGUGAUGUAGGGAUUCAAGGUAUUCAAGGACCUCCUGGAGCUCCAGGGUUACCUGGAAUUAAAGGAGACAGAGGAGUUCCUGGCCAACCUGGAGAAGUAGGAGAUAAAGGAAACAAAGGAGCAAUGGGAGUCAUGGGUCUACCAGGUUCUGAUGGUCCUAUAGGUGUUGAUGGUGAAAAGGGAGAUAAUGGUUUACCAGGAACUCCUGGUAAGGAUGGAGAGCAAGGCGAACAGGGAGAACCUGGCCUUAUAGGAUCUAUUGGUCAAAGAGGCUUCCCUGGUGCUGCAGGACCUCCAGGAUCUAAUGGAUUACCUGGAGAGCAAGGCUUACCUGGCAAUAAUGGGUUGCCUGGUAAAGAUGGAAUUCCUGGCCAACCUGGAAAACAAGGCGACAAAGGUCAACAAGGACCGCCUGGUUUACCAGGCAUAUCUGGAAUAUCUGGAGAAAAGGGAAACAUGGGACCACCUGGAAUACAAGGUGUUUCUGGGGAAAAAGGAGAUAAGGGUUUGCCAGGUACUCAUGGUGCAAAUGGGAUGCCGGGAGAACCAGGAGCUAAAGGUCCAAUUGGUCCACCAGGACAAAAAGGAGAGGCUGGUAAAUUAGGAUACAAGGGUGAAAAAGGUCUUACAGGUGAAAAAGGACAACCUGGAUUAAAUGGAAAAAAAGGUAAUGAUGGCCCUGCUGGGGCUCCAAGUAUCGAUGGCCUGCCAGGAUCUACUGGACCACAAGGUUUACCUGGAAAUGAUGGAGAAAAAGGGGAAAAGGGAUCUCCGGGUAGAAAUGGAAUUGAUGGAAAAAAUGGAUCUCCAGGAGCUCCUGGUUUAGAGGGUUUACCAGGGCUUAAAGGUGAGCCUGGACAACCUGGAAAGGAUGGAAUACCUGGCAGUAUUGGACCCCCAGGAGAAACUGGAUUGAUGGGACCACCAGGACAAAAGGGAGAAGUCGGAAAACAAGGAUUGCCUGGUUUCCUUGGACCUCGUGGACCCCCUGGUCCAAUUGGCAAAUGUUUAUCUCAAGUAGAUCUGAAAAGUUCAGACAAGCAAGGACAACAAGGAAAUAAGGAUGAUGAUGGACUGCAUGGACCCCAGGGUUUGCCAGGUCUCAAAGGCAAUAAGGGGGCUCGUGGAAGAACAGGGCCACCUGGUGUUGCAGGACCAAAAGGUUCUAAGGGAAUUCCAGGUGAUGCAGGAAUAAGAGGUUUAUCUGGGCGUACUGGAGAACAGGGUCUGCCUGGUGUAAAGGGUGAAAAAGGAAAUCGUGGUAAUUCUGGAAUGAAAGGAAUUCCAGGUCCACCAGGACCGCCCGGCCUUCCAGCUGCUCCUGCUCAUUGGUCAAAUAUUUUACAAGUUCCCCCAGAGGAGGGAUAUUACGAAGAAUCUGGUAAAAAUAGACGUCAACGUAGAAACACUUAUGACAUAACUUUUCAAGCAUUGGCUGAGGAACUGAAUACUAUAAAAAAAGAGUUGAAUAGUAUGAAGUUACCCAGUGGCGUAAAAGAAAACCCGGCUCGCUACUGUAAAGAUUUGUUAACUUGUAAUAUGUUACACAAAGAUGAGUUUUAUUGGAUUGAUCCAAAUCAAAGCAGCGCAACAGAUGCUGUGUAUGCCUUUUGUAACUUUACAGCAGGCGGUGACACUUGUAUAUAUCCUGAUGUCUCUAAAAGCUCUACUGGAUUUGCUUACAACUUUGAAAACAAGACAUGGUUUACGGAUAUAGAACGUGGAUUUAUUAUUUCUUAUGAAAAUAUUGGACGCACUCAAAUAAAAUUUUUAAGGCUACUAAGCGAACAAGUAUACCAGCAGGUGGAAUUCACUACACCUUGGUACAUAGAAAUAGUAUCAAUAAAAUUUCGAAAGUUGACAUGGGAAAAUGGAGAAACUACACUGAGUAAAGAUGUUGACCCUUCUUUCAAAAUUUGUCAGGGAAUCACUUGCACUGUUUCUAUGUUCUUAACAUCGUCUGACUUGCACUUGUUGCCUGUUACAGACUUUCAAAUUUAUGGUGUUUACAAAGAUCAAAACGAAAGUAUGAAUAGUUCACUCCUUUCAUUUAAAGUGGGACCUGUGUGUUUUAAGUAGCAGAUAAUGGAAGAAAAAAAGCCAAUGUCGGGAAAAAAAAUUUGAUUUAUAAGAUAUAUUCAUAUAAAUAUUGCUCCGUCGUUCGAAGAGUGACAUCCGCUUUCUAUGUAUCUCGCUAAUUUGAUAAAAUGUUAUACAUUAAUACCUAAGGAAUCACGAAAAAAGAUGUAAAACCUUUUUAAAAAAAGCAACAAUAUUUAAAAAAACUUGAAUUUUAUU